GGCACACGGAAGCGUUCCCCGGAAAAGGCAGGCCUACAUCUCCCAGCUUCCGCCGCUGCCGCUGCCGGGGUUCGGGCCCGUGAAGGGGGAGGGGAGCUGGAAAGAUGCUUCUGGAGCUGUCCGAGGAGCACCGCGAGCACCUGAGCUUCCUGCCCAAGGUGGACUACGCCGUGGUCGCCGAGUUCGGCCGGAUUGCCCUGGAGUUUCUGAGGAAAGGGUCCAACCCGAAAGUCUACGAAGGAGCAGCCAGAAAACUCAAUGUUAGUAGUAACACAGUCCAGCAUGGAGUUGAGGGACUGACCUACCUACUCACCGAAAGCUCCAAACUCAUGAUUUCUGAGCUGGAUUUUCAAGAUUCUGUGCUUGUUUUGGGAUUCAGUGAAGACUUGAAUAAAUUGUUGCUUCAGCUUUAUCUUGACAACCGAAAGGAAAUCAGAACAAUUCUGAGUGAAUUGGCACCAGUGUUCCCCAGUUACCACAAUCUUGAGUGGAGAUUAGAUGUACAGCUUGCUAGCAGAUGUCUAAGACAACAGAUUAAACCAGCCAUGACUCUAAAGCUGCACCUAAGUCAGGAUGGAGAGCAUAGCAGCCAAGUUUUGCAGACUGACCCAGCUACCUUGCUCCACUUGAUUCAGCAACUGGAACAAGCGUUAGGAGAAAUGAAAACAAACCACUGCAGGAGAAUUGUUCGAAAUAUCAAAUAGUAUUGGAUUUGUGUUGUAAAUCUGUUCAAAUGAUUUAUAAAGCAAUGUUAAAGAACAAGCAUUGGUUGGAAUUCCUUUUUCUUGUAAUUAAGAGGGUUAAACAUCUGAAUUAGAUGGACUUUGUUUUCCUCUGCCAUAACACUGAUGCAUUAAUUAGAAACUAAAGUCCCUUUCAUGGGGCUUCCUAUGCCUACCUUUUUAAUGGUAUAAAAUGAAUUUUGUUUUAUAUAAAUACAUGUGUAUGUAUGAUGACAGGUCAGCUGGAAAUGAAUUUGUAUUCAUGGUUUUUGUACAUAUUAAUGUCUUUUAGGAUAUCUUUUGAACUUACUGUUUUUCAUUAUUUUCCUUAUGCCCUAAUAUCUAAAAAUAAUAUUUGAAUUAUAUCUAAAAUAAAAAUAUGUGAUACCUUAAUUAUUCAAAAUUAAAGUUUUCUUUUAAAGUAACUCAUAAUGCUAACUCGAGAUAUAAAGUUUUCAGAAUAUUGUAGAUCAAUGAAAGUUCCUAUGUUGUCCCUAUAGAAGGGUGAUCCUACCUUCCCUUGUUUCCAGCACAUUUGUAAAAUGAAAAUAGCCUUGCUCUAUAGCAUCAUUAUGACUCUGAAGUCAUUACGUAUCAUUUGUUAUACUUCAGAUUCUUCCAAGUACUUAGAAACACCUUAAACAUGUAUGAAGCUUCAUUAUAAUGGAAAGAAGACUCCAUUUGAGGCCAGAAAAACUUGCCUGGAUUCAAGUCCUAGCUCUGACAUUUAAUAGCAAUUAGUAAAAGUGACCUUGGGCAAGUCAUGUGUCUCUGAACCUCUAUUUUUUCUAGUGUGGUAGUUCUAACCAUCUUACAAAGUUAUUGCUUCCAUUGCACUUGAUGGUUUACAAAUGGCUGUCCUCAAAACAAUUUUGCAAGUUAGGUGACACUAUAGUAGUAUUCCACUGCUUCAAAGAGGUGCCCAGGCUGGUGCAAGCAUCAGAACUGGCCUCCUGACUCUUUUAACCACAUCAGGGUACUGCCUCUGAUGUAAUUCAAAUUUAUGUAGUGCUUUAAAGUUUAAAAAGCAUCUUCCUAGCACCAACUCUAUGAGGCAAGUACUACAAGCAUUAUUACCCCAUUUUACAGAUAAAAAAAUGUUAAGUCAUCACCCUUUCAUGGAGGUGGGAGGUCUGCUGGUCUUACAUAUUACAUGUGUUUUUUAUUUUUAUUUUUAAUUUUUUCGAUGUAUAUCAGUUGUGCUGAUCAUUUUUCUUCUUAAAAAAUACCAUUCGUUAUAUGGGUUAGCUCUCUAGGAGGAGCAAGGAUACUUGGGAUAGUUAUGAUGAUGGAAGAAACAAGAUAUCAAUAAAACCUUUAAAAAAGAAA